UAACAGAUUUCUAAGAAACAAAAGUCUAACUAAUCUUGAGAAAUAAGCAGUGUAAUUUUCUUUAUUCAGCGCGUAUAGUUUGGUGGAGUGGGACAGUUGUCAUUCGACUGUUCGAUGUCGAUUGACAAUUUAUUCUAGAGAUAUUUUGUUCAUUGUUAUGUUUGUUAUUUUGGUUGUAACAUUAGCUUGCUAGGCUAGCAGCUUGCUAGCUAUAUAUCAAUAUAGUGACAAAUACAGCCCGCUUUAAAGGUAGUAAAACAAUGUAUCGGGAAAAAACUUCGGACUCGAUGUACAUUUUCGGUUCAUUCAUUUGACAAUCUCGAACAGUGGGGCGCAAGCGGUGUCGUGUCUGAACUUGUUGACAUUCUUUUGUUUACAAUGGCUGUCUACAGACUUUCCAGCUGACAUGGCGUAAUAUGUUAUGGGAAGUUAAUAAGACUGAACAAGUUGAGGAAAACAAGAUGGAUGCAAAUAGAAUGGAAGACUCUUUUGAUCUUCUGAAAUGCAAUGAGGCUCUGUCCUCAUCACCUGGCUGCCCCCCUACUCCCAUGGAGUAUGAUGACCUGCCAGAGCUGCAGGAGGUAGAGGAGAACCAGUCCUCUCUGGUGCUGUUCCAUGUGGGAACUGGGGUGUCACAUCAGGACUGUAUAGCUGGUUACCCUCACACCAAUUGGCUGACUGAGCUAGCUAACAUCGCCACCAGCCCUCAGAGCCCCCUACUGCAGGAGCCUCCUCCCAUCAAGAGGUCGUCUCCUAUGCACAUCUUUGCCACCAGUCGUAGUUUACAUUCUUACGCCCGACCUCCCCUGGCUAGCAGUGCACCCAGCCCCUCUAGGGGUCACCUUAGGGAGCGCAGCAGACGUGUCAGAGCCAGCAGUGAGUCAGAGUCUGGUGUGUUCUCUAUGUCAUCCUUUUCUGAUGAUGAGGACAUGGGUUGGUCUAACUCCUGGCCCUCAACUGCCUGGCACUGUUUCCUGAAAGGCACCCGGUUGCGGUUCCACAGGGGUUCUAACAAGGAGUGGCAAGAGGCUGAGGACCUGGGAGACUCUGAUGACGAGUCAGAUGAUGAUGAGAGAAUAAUGCCGUCCACUGCCCGAAAGAGCUACGGUUCGGAAGGUCUGAAGCUAGUGGCCCACGAGGAGAACGUGUCGUACGGCCAGGCUGUCCUCAAACUCACCUUUGACCCCAGCUCGCCAGAAGAUGGCCUCUUAACGGCAGAGUGCAGAUUUGAUCACCCCUUCUUUGUGAAAAACAAAGGCUGGUCCUCGUUCUAUCCCAGCCUGACGGUGGUGCAGCACGGUAUCCCCUGCUAUGAGAUGCAGGUGGGGGACCUAUGUCUUCCUCCAGGCCACAGAGACUCCAUAAACUGUGACGACUCUGUUGUCUUCGACACCUUCAGGAGUUAUGACUUCACCCCUCUGGACUCUUCAGCUGUCUAUGUGCUGAGCAGCAUGGCCAGGCAGCGUAGGACCUCCCAGUCCAGCAGUGGUGCUGUCUCCCCUGACCCAGAGAAACUCUCCAGUUCCUUCCACCCCUCCUCCACCAGCAAAUCAAACAGGAGCAAUACCUCAGGGACAGCCCCUGGCGGGGCCACACCCACCAAAUGCAAACGGCCAAUGAACGCCUUCAUGCUCUUCGCUAAGAAGUACCGGUUGGAGUACACACAGAUGUACCCUGGGAAGGAUAACAGAGCCAUCAGUGUAAUCCUGGGUGAUAAGUGGAAGAAGAUGAAGAACGAGGAGAGGAGGAUGUACACCAUGGAGGCCAAGGCUCUGGCUGACGAGCAGAAGAGACUCAACCCUGACUGCUGGAAACGCAAGAGAACCAACUCAGCCCAAUUUCUGUCCUGGACAUAAGGUCCUGAGCGAGAUUCAAACCCUCUGGUUUAAACCAACACGGGGUCCCAGCACCAAUAGAUGGCCUGGUGAACAGACCGACCAGGUGAACAGACCGACCAGGCGACUCCUCUAGCCUCUCUAGCCUGGUCCCAGAUCUGUUUGUGCUGUAUAGCCAACUAUGGUCGUUGGACCAUAAGACGGCACAAACAGACCUGGAACCAGGCUACUCUCUCUCUCUGCUCACCUGUUAAAUUGAUGAGACAUAACUGUGAUGCUGAAUACACUUGCUUUUAUAACUAAGAGACCUUAUAGAUAGGCCUACAAGAUAAAACGACAACGAUGAACUAUAUAUUAAAAA